GCGUUUUCUCCUCCUUUCAAAGUGAACUCAAGUGUGCUGUGUGGUCUGUUGUUACUCUACUGCUUCCAAAUCUAUAUGCACAUCAUUCUUCUACCAACUUUGCGAAUUGUGACAAGAUCUCAAGCUUUAGACAUACGGGGAAAAAUCAAACCUAGCCAAAUGAACAAACCCAGUGCAUUCAAGUGAUAAUUUAGAACAAGUGAAUUUUUGCUGUCGGACAGUUGCGUUUUUUGAGCUUCAAAAGUUCAGAGUCAAGAAUCCAAGAUUCGUACGAAAUAUUAAACGAGAGUAGAAGAUGUUCCUCGAUACGUAUCUGUUAGGUGUAGUGCGGCAGGAGUUUUUCGAUGCAUCCAAAGCGCGAAAUACGCUGCUAGUGUUCUGCUGCGCGCUGAGCUGUGUUGUAUUUCUGCAGUGGCUGUUUCGGCUGAUGUGUCAAAUCAAGAAGCUUCCGCCGGGCCCGUGGGGUGUUCCGAUUUUCGGCUACCUAACGUUCAUCGGGCACGAAAAGCACACACAGUACAUGAAGCUGGCUCGCAAGUACGGUUCGCUGUUUAGCGCCAAGUUGGGUGCCCAGCUCACGGUGGUGAUCAGUGAUUACAAGAUCAUCCGGGAGGCGUUCAAGACGGAGGAUUUCACCGGGCGGCCACACUCGCCGUUGCUGAAAACGCUGGGCGGUUUCGGAAUCAUCAACAGUGAAGGUCAGCUGUGGAAAGAUCAACGGCGGUUUCUGCAUGAGAAGCUGCGUCACUUUGGGAUGACCGUGCUUGGCAACAAGAAACAUCUGAUGGAGAGCAGAAUCAUGAUGGAGGUCUCCGAACUGUUGACGGCAUUGAACGAGGUCGGCAACCAGUCAACUGAUAUGAGUAAAUACCUCUCCGUGUCGGUCAGCAACGUCAUCUGCAACAUUAUCAUGUCGGUGCGCUUCUCCUUGGAGGACCCCAAGUUCAAACGAUUCAACUGGCUGAUCGAAGAGGGUAUGCGGCUAUUUGGCGAAAUUCACACCAUCGACUACAUCCCGCAGAUCCAGUAUCUACCGGGCAACAUUAAUGCCAAGAACAAGAUCGCCAAGAAUCGGCAGGAGAUGUUCGAUUUCUACCGGGAGGUGAUCGACGAGCACAAGAAAUCAUUCAGUGCCGAUAACAUUCGUGACAUCGUGGAUGCCUAUCUGGAUGAAAUCCAAAAGGCCAAAGCAGAAGGCCGCGGUGCGGAACUGUUCGAUGGAAAAGAUCACGAGAUCCAAAUGAUGCAGGUGAUCGCGGAUCUCUUCUCGGCCGGUAUGGAAACCAUCAAGACCACUCUGCUUUGGUUGAACGUGUUCAUGCUGCGUCACCCGGAUGCGAUGAAACGAGUUCAGGACGAACUGGAUCAGGUGGUCGGUCGCAAUCGCUUGCCGAAAAUCGAAGAUGUACCGUACUUGCCCAUAACGGAGACCACCAUACUGGAAGUGAUGCGUAUCUCCAGCAUCGUCCCGCUAGCCACUACGCACUCCCCUAAAUGUGAUGUCGUUAUCAAUGGUUACACAAUCCCAGCUGGUUCGUACGUAGUGCCUCUGAUCAACAGCGUACACAUGGACCCAACGUUGUGGGACAGCCCAGAGGAGUUCAACCCAAGCCGCUUCGUGGACGCCGAAGGCAAAGUUCACAAGCCAGACUUCUUCAUUCCAUUUGGUGUCGGUCGUCGUCGCUGUCUGGGUGACGUGCUAGCUCGGAUGGAGCUGUUCCUGUUCUUCGCCUCUAUUAUGCACACAUUCACCAUUGAACUACCUGAAGACGAACCGAUGCCGAGUUUGAAGGGCAUUAUCGGAGUCACUAUCAGCCCUCAAGCAUUCCGAGUGAAACUGGUCCCCCGGCCGCUGAACACUGAUCUUGAUCGAGUACGGAAUGUCGGCGGUUACUAAAUGUAAUCCCCCGAUCAAGGUGAGACCCCACAGAGCACGGUAUGUUCCUAUGUUACAAGCAAACACAAACAGAAAACACAAAUAAUAUCUUUUACAAUGGGCAAAAACACAAGCUGAAAAUAAUCGAGCAAAUCAAUUAGCAAAGGACAACACUCCCACUCUUUCAAAAUAGAACCCAGAGACGGUUAAACGACAAUCCAAACAAUUUAUUCGAGUGCCUGCAAAAAGAAGAAA